GUGGACAGAGCUCAAGAUCAGCCAGCAUUAGUUGUUCGUAACUUGGAUUGAAUAGUGCUCUCUCUCUCCACGAUGAUCAAGUCCGUGUGUGGUGUUCUUUUGCUCGGUCUCGUGGCCUCAGCGGCGAAAUUGCCCAGUGAGAUACCAAAGUGCGGCUAUGAGGAGCACGAGUGCAUAGUGGAGCGGACGAAUUGGGUGCUGCGGAAUCGCCCCGAGGGCAUCCAGUCCAUCCACCUGCUCCAGUUCGAUCCCAUUAAUGUGCCCUCGAUGAGCAUCGUGCAGGGCGGCAACAGUCCUGUGAACAUCGACCUGCAGUUCCGCAAUGUGAAGUUCUACGGCCUGAACAACGCCACGGUGACGAAGGUGAAGGGAUUCGGGAAGAAUGUGGAGCAGGAGAUCGAGCUGGACCUCAAUUCGCCCAAAGUGGCGCUCAUUGGGCCGUACACGAUCAACGGCAGAGUGCUAAUUCUGCCCAUUCAGGGUAAGGGAGACAGCAACAUCACCCUGGAGAACAUGGUCGGGAAGAUUCGCCUCACGGCGAAGAAAAUCACGAAGAACGGCAAGGAUUAUCUGCAAACGGACAAUCUGAAGCUCACUUUCACCACCACACGAGCCUGGAUUUAUCUGGGAAAUCUCUUCAACGGUGAUCCACAGCUCGGACCGACCACAAAUGACUUCCUCAAUGAGAACUGGAAGGAGAUCUUCGGUGAGCUGCAGAAGGUGAUUGAGGAUGCGUUCAGCAAAAUCAUCCAGACACUCUUCAACAACGUCUUCGCGGCGCUUCCUUACCACUCGGUCUUCAAAGACGGCCAGUGAUGGGGCCAAGAGGAGCGCCAAAGUAUUUAUUUUUGUUACUUUUCUACCCUGUUUCUUGUUAGUGCUGUGAGAGAAUAUAUAUAUUAGAUGAAUAGUGCGACGCGCUUUUUUUCUG